CCGAUCUCAUUCUCCGGUUCAUCAUCGUCACCCAAAUAAACUAUGGCUAAAUCCACCCGCUCAAAAGUCAAGCGCACGUACCGUGCCAAAAAGCGUGAAGAUGGCGUCUACGCAGCCAUCGAAGCCGCACGUCUCGCCCGUCUCAGCGCAAAACUCAAAGCUGUCGCCUCACUUCCAACUGAAGAAGACGUAGAGGAAGGAGGAGAGGAAGGGAGGGCAGAUGCGGAAGGCGACGAGGUUAUGGAGGAUGCGGACGCUGAGGGCGUAGACGGAGAGAAAACAGAAGGAAAAGAAACCAUGGAUGUGGACGGUGCCGCAUCCUCAUCAAAAUCCACACGCGUAUCCACACACGGACCCAGACAAUCACGGAGAGAAUCGUGGAGAUCCUCGAAGGGCCUCGCACCGAGACCGAAGGCGAGGGGUAUGAACAGACAGGGGACGGUCGCUGCGAAGAGAAAGUCGGGGAGGUCGCAUAGGAGGCGAUAAACGUCGGAUUUUCCGCCUACGGCUCGCGAUUCGUUUUUUCUUACUCCUUUCCUCCUUUCCUCUUAUUUGUCUUUCCUUGCAGUGCUUCGUUCUGUAUUGGCUCUGGUUUUGGCUCUUCGUGUCUGUAACGACCAGGUGGUGAGUAGGAGUUGGUGUCCAGCUUGUAUGUUUGGCUUGGUAGGCGCUGCUUUUUCUUGCAUCUGAUGGCAUACAAUCAUACUGUCGUCGGGCUUACCCAC